UCAUUCGACGUAUUCAUGGCCGUGUCGCUGUUGCAGGUGCUGCGUGAGGGGGAGGCCCCACGAUGCCGACCGUGAGGCCCUUCGACCUCAACAACUUCAGCCCCGGGCCGGAGCGCCGCCAGCUCCGCCCGCGUGCCCUGACCUAGGCGGCCCGCCUGGCCCGAGGCGAUAGCGGGGCGCCGUCGGGGACAGGAUCAUCGCGGCCCACCACCACCGCCACGCCCCGCCCCGCCACGCUCCGCCACGCCCCCGCCCAGGCGCGGCGGCCCAUGGUUUGCGAGGCCGACUAGGUCCCCGCCCCUCGGGACCGGCGGCGGGCACCCUCUCGAGGGAUGAGUGCCCUGGCCCUGGGCAUACCCCUGACGGCCGUCACGCUGCUCGGCCUGCUGCUCAACCUCUACAUCAUCGUGGUCGUCAUCCUCUCCAAGCAGGUGCACUCCGCCAACAACCUGCUGCUGCUGCACCUGGGGGUGGUGGACGUGUGCGUGGGGGCCGUGCUGGGCGUGCUGCUGGUGUGCAAGGGCGGCGCGGGCCACGAUGUGCCGCGCGCCCCGCCCUGCUCGCCCGCGGGCUUCCUGCUGUCGCUGCUGCACCCGCUGGCGCUCUGGACCCUGUGCGGCCUCCACACUGACCGCUACUUUGCCAUCUCCACGCCGCUGCACUACGGCGCAAAGGUGAGCACACGCAAGGUGCUGUGGGGGCUGGGCGUGUCCUGGCUGGGCUCGCUGCUGCUGGCGCUGCUUGCGCUGCUGCCCGGCUGCGCGCCCGAACCACAACGCGCCGCGGGGGCGGGGCUCGGCGCCGACCUCGCGCCCGCCGACGCCCCUGACGCGGCGCCCGCCCCCGCCCCCUGGAGCGCGCCGUGGCCCGCCCCCUGGGGGCCCGUGGCUCACGCGGGCAUCUACAUCACAGCCACGUUGCUCCUGCCAGCCACCAUCGUGCUCGUGUGUAACCUCAAGGUGCUUAUGAUCGCCCGCCACCAUCGGCACCGCAUCGCCUCCGCCAUCUUCGAGGUGACGCUCUCCGCCCAGGUGACCAUCACGCACCAGCGCAACCCCUUCGUGCCGCUGGUGGGCGGCGCCCUGGGGCCGCGCCCCGAGCAGAGCCCCCCGGCGCCCGGGAUCAGCCCCGGGGCCGCUGCGGCGGUGGCGGCCGCGGCCGCCGCCAAGUUCCGGAGCCGCUCCGCACUCUGUCCCGUGCUGCAGCUGCUGGGCUCGCUGGUGCUGCUGUACUUCCCGUACUACGGGCUGCUGCUGUGGGACGCGCUGGCCGCCAGCCACGCGGUGCGCGCGCCGAACCCGCACUUCUCCACCAUCGCCAUGUGCCUCAUCACGUGCAGCCCGCCCGUCAACGGCCUGCUCUACGGCGUCAAGAACAAGUCGCUGCGCAAGACGAUCCAGAACUACUGGCGCAAGCAGAUGUCCAAGAGCGAGGUGAACCAGGAGAUCCAGGCGCGCACGCCGUCCACGUGCGGCUCCCGGCGCCCGUCCCUCACCCCGGCGGGCGCGAGCGGCGUGGCCGGCGCCCUGGCGGGCCUCGGCGGGGCGGGCGGCGGCAGCGGCAGGGGCUCGUCCACGCUGCAGCGCCGCCUGUCCGAGAUCGUGCUCGAGCCGCUGCGCUCUUCCGUCAGCGUCGGCUCGGCCUCGCCGCGGGGCUCCAAGUUCCAGAGGAUCGCGUCGGACCUCGUGUGGCGGCCGUGGCGGCCCCGGCACUGGCUGCUGGGCCGCUCGCUCAGCAGCAUCGAGCAGCACGGCCUGCAGCGCUCGCGCUCCCUCAAGGACGGCUGGAACCACAGCUCCAACACCCUGCAGAUCCCGAGUGUAACAAGCAACGGCGAUCUCGCAGCGGGGGUCGGAGCCCACCCCUGGUCCUCGCUGCGCGGCGGCAGUGUGGGCAGCCUCGCUGGCGGCGCGGGGGGCGGAGGGGUCGGGGGCGGCGCGGGCGGUGGCGCAGGGGGCAGCCUGUUCGUGCAGCGCGUGCUGGGCCAUUGCCACAACAAGACCCUCACGCCGCGCCACUCGCCCUCGCUGCUCCUGGCGUCCGUGACCCGCCGCUCGCCAAGGAUCCUCAUCACCAGAGCCUUCUCGGAGGAGAGUGAGAGCGGGCCGCCCGCCACGCCAGUCGCCCCCAUGCACCACUCCAACUCCGCGUCCGCCCUCGUGACGGAGGGCCACGUCAACGGCCACGCCCGGCGCUGGCGCCGCAUCCGGUACCGCGACGAGGACGAGGAGGCCGUCGAGCCCCUGAGCGCGCUCAGCGGCCACCUGAGCGACGAGUCCAGCUCCCCGUCCGAGCAUCACCCGCUCAACGGCCCGCUCCACGCCGGCCGGGGUGACCUCUCGCCCUGCAGCGACGGCGAGGAGCGGGCGCUGCUCUUCAGCCCGGCCUCCACCUCCGCCUGCAGCCCCGUCAGCUCCCCGGAGCCCGGCGAGGACCCUGACCACCAGCUGGCAUUCCCUUAACCACAGCCGUGGUUUACUUUGUGCUAAAUGUAUUUUUGGUCUGGCAGUGAAGUGCACAACUUGUCCCCUGUGGAACGCUAUACCUCACCUCGUAAAACAGAUUUGGGAAUGCCUGAGACUCUUGUAGUUUGUUUGGGAGGAUUUUAGUGCAAUAAGGCCAUGACCUGUUCCUUUGUGAUUUCUUUACUGUGGACACGGAUAUUAUUGUAUGUACCUGAAUUAUAAGAAUGUAUGUAUAUCAAGUUAAAUAAAAUAAAAACUUUAUGGUGUGGUUUAUUGAUGUUAGAGUAAAUGUAUUGCUCAGCAGAUGUUUCUAGUAUUAAAUUAAAAAGGAGAAAGUCAAGAACAUGUGUGUAAUACUCAUAUCAUAAAACACCACUUGAUGUUUAGCUUCGGGCCCAGUGUAGAAAAUAUUUCUUGUUUGGGAAUAGUGAUGCUUACAAAACUAGCAGCUAGAAAAUUUAAGAACUUUAAAGAAAAUUAUUCUCUUUAUGAGACCACAUGUAUGUGCUGCUUCUUGGCCAUCUGAUUGCUUCAUUCUUAAAAUCUUUACAGACUCCAAUGAGAUAUGCUAUCAUGAGACACUAAUUUUAAAAUAUAUACCAGCGAUGAAAGUGGAUAAAUUACCCUUAAAGAUCAAUUCAAACUAUUAUGGCAACAAUAUUUCUUUGUAUCGUUUACCAUGUUGACUCGGAUCGGCUGUGUGGCCUUUAGUAUGUGCCAUGUAAUGUAAUACAAUCAACCUCAAGAUAUAACAUUUAAGAGUCCCAUCUGCUUUUGACAAUCUAAACCUUAAAUACAGACACAAGUCAAAGGGCUAAAUAAGGUUGCAUCCCUUUGCAAACUUAAUUUUAAGAAAAAUAAUAUUCGUCAUUGAUGAUGUUUGCUUAAGUGUUUACUGCUUCCUCUAGUGCUGGACAAUAGCUAUAGAAGCAGAGGGAACAAUUGAAUCAUAGGAUGCAGGAGAUAUAUUUGUCAAAGUCAAACACAUCACGGGACAUUUGUUCUGAGUAAGAAGUAAUUCCACUGACAAUGUAUUUCCAUUUUUCUGCAUUUGCCUGGACUAGCUCAUGAGUGAGUGAGAGAUAUUUUCAUUCAGUGAAUUGUAUCAUUAUUCCUGAUUAUUUAUUUUUGUUCCUGUGAUGAAAAGUUUAUUUUUAAGGUAGUGAGAGUUAUAUCAGAUGUUUUAAUGUGAGUGUGUAUGGGCAUAAAAAAAUGUCUUUCAACUACUGCACUGCUGUAGAAAAUCUGGAAAUAUUUCUGUAUCAAAAUAUUAAUAAAUGUGUCAGUAAUGUCA